GAGAGGCAGCUACCAGUCACCUGGAGUGUGAGUUCCGGAGGGACUCGAUCAGGCGCUGCUUCUGCUGUUGGAGGCUGGUGAGGCCACCGGGGGACCCAGCUGCGGAGGAGGAGGCGCUCUUGGUCAGGGGAAAGAGCCAGCUCAUCCUCCACGGGUCCCCGGGCCCGAGGCCCUAGAAGGCUCUGGCCUGUUUCUCCCAGCCGCUCAGCCAGGCGGUUCUCCAGCGACAGUGGAGGAGCGGGCAGGGACGCCCCGGCCCCAGUGCUGGGGAGUUGUCUUCUCUAAGCAAGCCCGGCCAGGGGUCCUCGGGGCCUGAGGAGCAUGCUCUGACUGCGGGCAGCUGGAGAGAGGGAACUCGGCGCCCGGGACCGGUAGUCCUACCUUCACCGCCCUGACGCCCGACCAGCCAGUUAGGCUGCGUGACUGCCCAGCUCUCCGCCACCCCAGCCUCCGUCAACUGCGUGCCCCGCCCCCUUCUGCGUGUCACGUCAUCAUCUGGCGCUCCUGCCCGGACGUGAGAAGCGACGGCGCAGCGCGGUGCAGCGCAGCUCCGGCUCCCCUUUCCCCCUUGCCGGGCGAGAGGUGUCUAUGGGGCACCCGCUGCCGCCGCCGCUACCGCCACCGCCGCCGCCGGGUGCUGUCUCUAUGGCGAGGAGGAAGAGGAGGAGCGCGAGCUCAGCGACACAAGUACACAAAUAAAGGAUAAAGUAUUUUAUGAAACAAAUCUUCAAUCAAGUGUAACAUUUUGAUGCUUGGCAGCUAGACCCCUUGUGCCCUCACUAUGCCAGCAGCAACUGUAGACCAUAGCCAAAGAAUUUGUGAAGUUUGGGCUUGCAACCUGGAUGAAGAGAUGAAGAAAAUUCGUCAAGUUAUCCGAAAAUAUAAUUACGUUGCCAUGGACACCGAGUUUCCAGGUGUGGUUGCAAGACCCAUUGGAGAAUUCAGGAGUAAUGCCGACUAUCAGUACCAACUAUUGCGGUGUAAUGUAGACUUGUUAAAGAUAAUUCAGCUAGGACUGACAUUUAUGAAUGAGCAAGGAGAAUACCCUCCAGGAACUUCAACUUGGCAGUUUAAUUUUAAAUUUAAUUUGACGGAGGACAUGUAUGCCCAAGACUCUAUAGAGCUACUGACAACAUCUGGUAUCCAGUUUAAAAAACAUGAGGAGGAAGGAAUUGAAACCCAGUACUUUGCAGAACUUCUUAUGACUUCAGGAGUAGUCCUCUGUGAAGGGGUCAAAUGGUUAUCAUUUCAUAGUGGUUAUGACUUUGGCUACUUAAUCAAAAUCCUGACCAACUCUAACUUGCCUGAAGAAGAACUUGACUUCUUUGAGAUCCUUCGAUUGUUUUUUCCCGUCAUUUAUGAUGUGAAGUACCUCAUGAAGAGCUGCAAAAAUCUCAAAGGUGGUCUACAGGAAGUCGCUGAACAGUUAGAGCUGGAACGGAUAGGACCACAACAUCAGGCAGGAUCUGACUCAUUGCUCACAGGAAUGGCCUUUUUCAAAAUGAGAGAAAUGUUCUUUGAAGAUCAUAUUGAUGAUGCCAAAUAUUGUGGUCAUUUGUAUGGCCUUGGUUCUGGUUCAUCCUAUGUACAGAAUGGCACAGGGAAUGCAUAUGAAGAGGAAGCCAACAAGCAGUCAUGACAUGAAAUAGUUCUUUUUAUUUUAUUUGAGCAACACACAUGCUUGUAUAUAGGUUUUAUCUCUGGUUUAAUCCCUUGAACAAUAGACAUUACUUUUUUUUUUCAUAGUUCAUUUUAUUUUCUGCCUUUCAGUACUAAGUAUGACCAUUCCUAUCUCAGAUCUUAAUAAAUAGAAAAGCAUUCAGGUUAAAUCUGGCCUUAAUAUACUUGUUAGUAGGCGUGUGUGACAGAGUGGGGAAAGCUACAUCAUAUUGAAUACUUUGAUAAACUUUACCUACUUGAGCUUGGUUUGUUUUUUCCCUUUCUGAAAUUAACUAGCACUGACUGUAAUUUAUUUCCCUGUUUCAUGUCUCCCUUCCAUUCUGCAGGAGUUUUAGCUAUUUGAAAUUGUGGACCAUCAAUUUUGCACUUUAGAGAGUGAUUCUGACUCAAAUCCUCUGUUUUAUCAGCAAUUUUGGUUUUCUUGCUCUUAGCUGGAAAAAUGACCAUCUGCCAACUCUAUACAGUAUUUGUUUUUGACCCACGGAAUAUAGCACAUGCAUUGUGCAAAUGGUUGAUUCAGCAAGACUACAAAAAAAAAAAAAAAAAAAAAAGACAAAA